GAUUUGCCGCUUGAGAGACGGCCAUACUAAACCGAAAGAAAAAUAAAAGAUAGCGUCUUGUCUUAUCAAAUCACUGUUUUGUUUUCCGAGGGCCAAAUUGCUUCUGCUGCAAGAUGCCCGAUUCCUUGGAGGACACCUCGACGAUUUCUCUGCGGAUAUGUCUGGAAGGACAUGCGAAUGCCUUGGCUUUGAACAAGGACAACAACCAGAUCGCUUUGGCUGGAAGGAGCUUGCUGAAGGUGUACUCAAUCAACAACAAUGGGUUUACAGAAUCGUGUAAUAUGCGCGGAAAAAACCAGAAUCUUAGCUACUCCGCCAACGAUGUAGCAUGGUCAUCAUUGGAUAGUAAUCUUCUUGCCACGGCUGCCACAAAUGGUGUUGUUUCCGUGUGGGAUCUCUCCAAAUUUGGCCGACAAAAGCAGCUGCUUGUGUACAAUGAACAUGAACGCACUGCCCACACUGUUACCUUUCACAGCAGCGAACCAAAUAUCCUGAUCUCUGGUUCCCAGGAUGGCACCAUCAAGUGCUUCGACAUCCGAUCGGAUAAGUCCGUGAACACCUAUUUUUGCAACUCAGAAUCCGUGAGGGAUGUCAAAUUCAGUCCGCACACGCAGAACAUCUUUUCCGCCGUCUCUGAAAAUGGAACCGUUCAGCUGUGGGACAUGAGAAAGUGGGAUAAGUGCAUGGUUCAGUUUACAGCCCACUAUGGACCCGUCUACACCUGUGACUGGCAUCCCACGCGGAAUUGGCUGGCUACCGGCAGUCGGGACAAACAAAUCAAGGUGUGGAACAUGGAUGGCAGGCCGGGAUUGGAGCACACAAUCCACACGAUUGCCGUAGUGGGACGGGUUAAGUGGCGUCCAGAGAGAACCUAUCACAUCGCCAGCUGCGCUUUGGUGGUGGACUACAGCGUUCAUGUUUGGGACAUUCGAAGACCCUACAUCCCCUUCGCCUCCUUUAACGAGCACACCAAUGUGACCACUGGCAUUGCGUGGCAGGGCAGUGACUCUCACUGCCUGCUCUCCAUCAGCAAGGAUUCCACAAUCUACAAACAUGCUUUCAAGGAUGCCACCCGGCCAGCGAUGAAGGCGAAUGCACAGGGCGCCAGCUUGGGCAGAUUCGGAGACAUAUCCUUUGCCAACAAAAUUAAGGAGUAUGCUCCAAAGACCAGCGGUGUAUCCAAUACGAAAUCCUCCAGCUUUAUAAGUCGCCGGAAAACGAAUGUGGCUGGAAGUAUUCAGUUCCAUCUGGACCAUUCCAAGAUGUACAAAUUCAUAGUUAACGAUACGUUUUCUGGCUAUCCCCUGAGUGAAUCAGCUUCGAAACCCACACAAGAACAUGAGAGCUUUAUUGGCUGUGCCAAGGAGCUUAUUAUUGGUGGCAAACAGCUGGCGGAUCUUUGCGAGCACAAUGCUGAGGUGUCCAAAAAAUACGGCAAACAUAAUGCCACAACAUUGUGGAACUUUAUUAAAUUGUUCUACGGCACCAAUCACUUUGAACCUCCUUUUGAGCACCGUUCCUCAUUCUCGAAUCAAAAAAAUCCGAUGAACUCCCGUCGUGCCGCACAAGUGGCUAGCGAUUGGCCGCAGCAACGGAGUGAGCUGGGACAGGAUCUCAAUGGAAACACGCCAGAAACAACCCACGAAACUGAUGUGGCGAAUGUGGACGAUGAUCCGCUUGGUGGCAGUGGUGUGGAGCACCCACCAACAAGUUCGGUGAUUCUCUCCGAGACGCAGAUCAUCAGUGAGAUUACCUUUGACAACUUUGAGUUGUUGCGCAACGGGUUUAUUUACGUGGGCCCAACGGAAUGCGCAAAAGCUCUGGCGUUUCCUGCCCUUCAUCACGAUGUGCAAGCAGCACGCCCGCAACUGGAUCUCAAGGCUUCCGAUCACGAGAAGUCGCCUCCACCUCAUGUUCCCACUGUGCUGAAAGUCAGCCAUGUUCCGCCCAUUCCCAUGUGGGAGCCACAUAAAUUCGUAUCCGAUGCCAUUAUGCUCAUGAACGAUGUGGGUGAUGUUCAAACGGCUCUGACAGUUCUCAUAGCAUUAGGAGAGGCUCGUAAGCUGCUGCUCAUUGAUGACACACUUGUGGAGCACUGGUUCUACACGUAUGUUGACCAGCUGCAUCGGUACGAGCUUUGGAAUGAAGCCUGCGAGGUGAUUAACCGCUCUUGGUUGCGUUCCGUGCAGCAGCUCAAUCAGCACUCCACGGCCAUGCACACGAACUGCGGAGAAUGUGGUCGUCCCAUGGGUGGCAAAGUGGGAUGGUACUGCGACAAGUGCAAGUCCAUGCAAUCGGCCAAGUGCUGCGUCUGCGGCUUAAUUGUCCGGGGAGUGUACGCCUGGUGCCAGGGUUGCUCCCAUGGAGGCCACAUCAAACAUCUGCAGAACUACUUUGCUAAGCACUCAAAGUGCCCAAAAUGUGGACACCUGUGCGCGUACUCAUGAGACGCGGAGGAAGCUGGAUUUACCCAGCUCCUGCCCCCGAUUUGAAUCGAUUGUAGAUAGAUAAUAAUUUGGCCCAAUAAGUACCUUGCACAAUACACUUAAGAAAUCUUUGCCUUCAUGCUUCUUGAAAUCAUAAAGAACUCUUCCUACGGAGAAUCCAUAUUUAGAGGUACACACUUAAUUAAAAAUUAACAUAAAAAUCAGUUAGAAAUAGUUAAGCGUUAAAACAAUUUUACAAACUAAUAAUGUGAUCAUCUCUAUUUUUGAAUUACACUAAUAAUCCUUCCUACAUUUGUUUUUAACUUUAAUAUUAGCAACCAAUGAUGCCAAAUAAAAUGUUGCCUGUUUAUAAA